UCUGACUGGACAACUGUGGAGCUGCGGUGACACCAACUCCAAAUACUCACAACGGUCAGACUGGCCGACGAGAGUGGAGCCAAACUCGUCUUUCUAAAUGUACGUUAUUAGAAUAUUAAUGGGACGAGAAAAAUCGCGACAAUUUGUGGUGGGCCUAGAUAUGCGCAGGAUUCAGUUUGGUUAACUUUGUGCCCUUACCGGAGGAGGCGAAAUACAGUGGACUGGAUGUGGACGGGUCAGUGAGCUGCACGCGACUUUACCUCUUCAAACUCCCCAAUGACAGCGCAGGAUUGCAUUAUGAUCAUUGGACUGCUCUACAUCUUCUGUGAGGGUGGUGCUCUGGUGUCUGCCUCUCUGGACUGUGUUUUGGCAGAGCAGGGCUGUGUCCAGGAUCCGUCCUGUAUGGGACAGUACCGGCUGCUGGAGUACUGUGCAGCUGAGGAGGCCGUGUCCCCGCUCGGGUCAGACGCCCGGCUUGAGUGCCUGGAGGCCCAGCAUGCUCUGCAGUAUUAUCGCCCCCUGCAGGUGUGCAAGUGUCAGCGGGGCUCCAGAAGGGAGGAGCACUGUCUGAAGGUCUACUGGAUGGUCCGGUUUGCAGCAUAUGAAGAGUAUGACAUAUCCCCUUAUGAAGAAUUGAAGAUCAACCUGGUGAGAAACAUUGAGAUGUCUCAAAUGGCCUCUAUAAUGUCAGCCUCGUCUCUGUCAGUGGAUGGACAGAACCAGUGUCUGAAGGCAGCGCAGGACUGUGGGCUGUAUGAGAAGUGUGGCUCUCUGCGCUCAGAGUAUGUGGUGGCCUGCACAAAGAGAGCAGGCCAGUCCGACAGCAGCUGUAACCGACAGAAAUGCCACAAAGCCCUGCGCCGCUUCCUGGAGCGUGUCCCCGAAGAGUACAGCUUCGCUCUGCUCUUCUGCCCCUGCUCAGACACUUUGUGCGGCGAGAGGAGACGCAAAACCAUCGUCCCCUCAUGUUCCUAUGAGGAGACCACUAGGGGAGAAGAGAGAGUGGGCAAACCCAACUGUCUGAGCCUGCACACAUACUGCACCAAAGACGAGCUGUGCAGAUCACGUUUUGCAGAUUUCCAGCAAAACUGCCAGCCCUCGUCCCAGUCCCCCUCUGGAUGUGUCCGCGAAAGCAGAGCCAUGUGCCUCAAGGCCUAUGCUGGACUCAUUGGUACUAUUAUGACUCCAAACUAUGUGAGCAACAGCAGCACAGAGGUGUCCCAAUGGUGCUCAUGCGAGGGCAGUGGGAACGAGUGGCAGGCCUGUCAGCGCAUCCUCACCCUCUUCUCCUCCAACAUCUGUCUACGGAGUGCGAUCAGCUCUAUGGGGGUCUCAGCUGCCCCCCCUCCUCCUCCCUCUGAGGAGAACACUGCAGCACCUGCCCCUCCCCCCUCUGAACGCGUGCACCCAGAGAGACUCCACAUCAGCCACAACACCAUCCCAGAAUCCAACAGUAUGGACGACAGUGAGGAAGAGGAGGCACACCAAGAGCAAAGAAGUAAAGAUUUCAAUGUGAUUCCUCCGUAUUCAGAGAAGGACUCCAAUAUGGACUCUGGAGCAAAGGGCAGUCAGCAUGGAGCAGCUGAGCGACCUCUGCCAGUACUACUACUGAUGUUGCUGCCUCUGUGUGGGCUGCACUGGGACUGCUGAUGCGUUUGAAGAGGCCUGAUCACUAAUGGAAACAAUGCACACUCCUAUUUAACUUUGUUGUGUAAAACUGUGCAAUGUCAUGUCACACAUACCACUGUAUUAUAAUUAUAUCAUCUUUUCCAUUGUGGGGCUGCAUAGUGUUUGAGUGUUAUGCACUUUCCAAUGCAACCCUCACCAACAGUCAACACUUGAACUGGCACAAAGUGUGAGUGGAUUUUUAUCAAAAUCAUAUGUGGUCUAUUUGUACAUAUGCAUUUAUUAUUGACAGAGUAAUGCUAUGGCAGUAUGUGAAUAUGUCUUUCUAACGUCAGUGCCACACAAGCCGCAAAGGAUGAGCUGCUGCUCAAGAACAAAGACACAGCUGCAGGAUGAAAUGGAAGGAGAAAGGAUUUGACAAACAACUGUACAAUAUGUGGACAUUUACUGCAGUCUCAAAAACAUGGAUGUGCCAAAUGCAGCUACAGCUGAGAGCAUCCGAAGUGAAAGUGCUGAAAGGACCGUAGAGGCUCUGGUCUGCUUUGUCCAUUUUAACAAGAGCACAUGGCCUACAGCCACACUCUGUGUACAUGAGUGUGCACUUUUGAUUUCUACAUGACUCAUGUCCCAUCUGCCUUUGGGCCACCCCUUUGGCUCUUCCUCUCAUCUCCAGCUCAUUGGCUGAGCAAGAUAAUCUGCUUUACAACAUGCUCAGAAGAACGCCACUUAACCUUCUUUGGGCAGUUACAGAAGUUUGUUGUAGAGAAGUGAGAAGUCAGGAAGUAAGAUUAGUUUCUGUACAAGCAACAACUGUUUGCUCUGAUUUAGCAUAGUUUACAGUAGCUUAUUUUGUUAACCCACAAGUGAACUAUAGGCCAAAGUAACAACAAACAACAAAAUUCUUCAGUGUGAGUUAUGUGUAGAAACGCAACAUAAGCAAUUACUGCACUGUACCGAUUGUGAAUCUAGGAAGAGGCUCAAGGGAGCAAAUAGCCAAUUUACUGUUGUCAGGCCCUUUCACGAUAUAUCCGCUACAAGAUGUGUUUUUAGUGCUGCUUCCAUAUCACAGAGAGAGAGAGAUGCAGAGAUACAAGGCCGGACAGGAGAGUCUGCAGCUCUUCAGGGUACAGGGCACCACCUCUCUCUUUCUCUCUUUCUCUCUCUCUCCCUACCUUUAUCUCUCUCUCUCUCUCUCUCUCUCUUUCUUAGCUUCAAAUAUCUUCUGUUGAUGUUAAUAGUUUUUCUCUUAUGGCUCAUUUUCAGGUGAAAUUGCUCAGCUGCAGGGAAGUACUGUUGGUAAUACAUGAGAAGUUUGUUAAAGAGAAAAAUUGAGCUCAUUUUAAAACACUGGAGACUUUCCAAAUGUUCCAGUUCAAAUAGAAAUAUAGUAAAUACAAGUCUAGUCAGUAACUGCACAUUAUGGACAUCUUUUCAUUCUAAUAUGAUGAUGAAGAAGUACUGUUUAUAAACACUCUGUAGUAACUGUAAAAAAUAUUACAACAAUAAAGGAUUACUAAAAUAAUAUGUAUAACCAAGGAUUUUGAAUAAACAUAAGCCAUAAAUAUAUGUUUAUCAGUUGUGUAAUGCUUUAAAGUAAACUAUUAAAAAGUUCAAUACUCUUUGAACCCCUUCAUUGUUGAAUACAAUCAUGGACAAAUGAACUUAAGGCACUUCAAUAAGGAGGACUUUCACUGAUUAUGUCAAGAGUCAUUUUUGUGUUUAGUGUUUUGGCCUUAAAGAGUGUGUGAAAUCAACAUGUUUAUAAAUGUACACUUUGUAAAAUACAUUAUAUGUGUCUAUGAGCACUUCAGUCCAAAUAUGUGUUUCAUAAAUGUGAAUAGAUUUUACAUUCAAAUGAAUGACAAGGAGACCAAAGGUUUUCCUGCCAAUGGCAUGUCACACUGCAAAGAGUUGGCAAUAUGGUGUACGUCUGUGACAUAAAACUAUGUACCUGUUGAAACAAUAAAAAAAACACAA